CACAUCAAUGGGAUCCGUUCGGCAACUAAACAACUAAACUGCUGAAGUCCAUUUCCACACAUUUGCACACAUUAUUAGCGCCGCUUUCCUAAUUAUGUGCACUUUUGGAGCAUCCGCAACGACGACGCGUGUCUUGGUUUUUCUUCUCUGUGUAGUAAAGGAUGUUUGCACCUUGGACACCAAAGGGCCGGAGGAUGCCCACAGAGCCCCGGAGGGCUGCCUCAUGUCGCUGUGGCACGGCCGGCUCUAUCUGUACUCCGCCGUGGCGCUGGGGUUUGGGAUCUGGCUCUCCUUACAGGUGGCGUUCAAAAAGAAAAGUUUUGCCAAACAAGUGGGCCCAUGGGUCUGCAAAGCUGUGAGGACGAGUGGCCCCUCUCAGGAGAAAGACGCUGUGCUUCAUGUUUCAGGAGUGAAGAUCUUCUACGGCUCCCAGACAGGAACAGCUAAAGGUUUUGCAAAAGAUCUGUCAGACGACGUCAAGGCUUUGGGCAUAGCAGCUGAAGUGAUUGACAUGAAAGACUACGAUCCAGAUGACCGGCUCGCUGAUGAGUGCAGCAACAAGUCCGUGUGUGUGUUUCUUGUGGCCACGUACACGGACGGACAGCCGACAGAAAACGCUGAGUGGUUCUGUAAGUGGCUGGAGGAAGCGUCCACAGACUUCAGAUACGGGAAGACUUACCUCCGAGGCCUGCGAUACGCCGUGUUCGGCCUGGGGAACUCCGUCUAUGUUGGCCACUACAACACAGUCGGUAAAGAUGUGGACAAGUGGCUGUGGAUGCUGAGCGGCAUGCGAAUCCUGACCAGGGGAGAGGGUGACUGCAACGUGACGAAGAGCCGUAAUGGCAGCGUGCAGGCAGACUUCCAGGCGUGGAAGGUCAAGUUCCUGAGCCGUCUGCAAGACCUGGCAAAGGGCGAGAAGAAGAGCUCCACCGGGAGCUGCAAGAGCGGCAGCGGCUCCUGCAAGAGCAGGACGAAGAGGAGCCAGGGGCAGUCGGAGGAGGAGAAGGCAGCACUGCACGAUAACUUUGAGGCGGAGCUGGUGGAGUCCAGCAGCGAUGAGGAGGAGUCUGCCCUGCCAGAGGAGAGCCAAUCAGGCUCUGUGGUCGACGUGGAGGAUCUGGGCAGAAUCAUGAACAGUGUCAGAAAAGCCAAGAGCAGAGACGAGGGCCGAGGAGACGGCCAGAUGGUGAAACUAUCCAAGGUGAACGGUGUGAAGAAGAUUGAAAAUGAGGGAGAAAGAAGAGAGAUGAUCACCCCGGCCCUCAGGGAAGCACUGACGAAGCAAGGAUACAAACUCAUUGGAAGUCACUCAGGUGUGAAGCUUUGUCGAUGGACCAAGUCGAUGUUGCGAGGAAGAGGAGGCUGUUACAAGCACACUUUCUACGGUAUUGAGUCCCACCGGUGCAUGGAGACCACCCCCAGUCUCGCCUGUGCUAACAAGUGUGUCUUCUGCUGGAGACAUCACACCAACCCCGUGGGCACAGAGUGGCACUGGAAGAUGGACCCCGCUGAGAAGAUCCUGCAGGACGCCCUGGAGAAGCACCAGAACAUGAUUCGGCAGUUUAGAGGUGUCCCUGGAGUGAAACAAGAGCGGUACGAGGAGGGUUUGGCGGUCAAGCACUGCGCCCUCUCGCUGGUUGGUGAGCCAAUCAUGUACCCUGAAAUCAAUGCCUUCCUCCGCCUCCUCCACACCCACCGCAUCUCCAGCUUCCUGGUUACCAAUGCGCAGUUCCCCCAGGAAAUCAGGAACCUGGUGCCGGUGACUCAGUUGUAUGUGAGUGUUGAUGCCAGCACCAAAGACAGUCUGAAGAAGAUUGACCGGCCACUUUUCAGGGACUUCUGGCCUCGCUUCCUUGAUAGCCUCAAGGCCCUGGGGGAGAAGAGGCAGAGGACAGUGUACAGGUUAACGCUGGUGAAAGCCUGGAACGUGGAGGAGCUGCAGGCCUACUCGGACCUCAUUGCCUUGGGCCAGCCGGACUUCAUUGAGGUCAAGGGAGUGACGUAUUGUGGGGAGAGCUCUGCCAGCAGUCUGACCAUGGCCAACGUUCCCUGGCACCAGGAGGUGGUCGCCUUCGUCCAGCAGCUGGCCGAUAUGCUGCCUCAGUACGAGAUCGCCUGCGAACACGAGCACUCCAACUGUCUGCUCAUCGCACACACCAAGUUCAAGGUGGACGGUGAGUGGUGGACGUGGAUCGACUACGAGCGCUUCCAGGAGCUGGUCGAGGCUCAUGAGCGGAGCGGCGGCCAGCGGAGCUUCUCAGCUCUUGACUACACAGCCAGGACCCCCGGCUGGGCUCUGUUCGGGGCCCAUGAGCAAGGCUUCGACCCCGCAGACACACGCUUCCAACGGCGCAACAAGACCAAAGACAUCUCGGGAUGCUGAAGGACUGACAGCCGGAGAGCGGCCGAGCGAAUGAGACGGAGGGAGUGAGAGAGAAAGGAGCCCCGGGUGUUUAAGGUUCAGCGGACUGUUCCUUUACUAAAAUAAAUGUUUGGUAGCUGCCCUUCCUCUCAGGACUCUCCCACAUGAACCUGAGCUUUCUCUCUCCCAGCUUCCCUUCACCGCAAAAACUCCAAAUCUUACCAAGAUUAUUUGUCUUAUUUCAAGUCAAAAAUGUCUUAUUUCUAGUCAAAAUAUCUCAUUACACUUAAAAUAAGACAUG